AUGCCGGGUAAACGGCGUCCAAAGCUGGAACGCCACAAGACGACACUGCCGUCUAUCACGCCGCGGUUCCCGGCGGUUGAGCGUCAGAAGACGAGCGUUGAUAUUGAGCCGCGACCGGCCAAGUUCACCGAGGACAAAGAGACCUUCACACAUGUGGCGGCCAUCGAGAUAGGGACGUCAUAUUCUGGUUACGCGUACGCGCCCCGGAAAGAGGGGAAGUCCGUAGCCAAAGAUAUAGUAAUGAAUCAGGCGUGGCUACAGACGGACCGGGCCCUCGAGACGUUACGUACACCCGCCUGCUUGCUCCUUAAUGAGAAGAAGGAGUUCGAAGCGUACGGGUACGAAGCGGAACAGGCGUACGGGCAGUUGGUUAAAGACGGGAAACAGAACAGAUGCUUCUACUUUCGACGCUUUAGACACAAACUUCUCGGCGUAGAGGAUCUCCGGCUGAACUCUCACAUUACGGAAGAGAACGGGAAGACGAUGCCCGCCCUCAAGGUGUUCUCCAUGUCUUUCCGCUACCUUAAGUCCCAGCUGCUCAAUGAGCUCUGUCUCCACGGCCUCGACAUCUCCGUGGACGACUUCCGGUGGGUCAUUACAGUGGCCGGCUUCUCAGACGAUCGCACUAAGCAGUUCAUCAGGCGCGCGGCGGAAAAGGCCGGUCUACCCAGGCGGCAAAUUAUACUGUGCCUGGAACCGGAAGCAGCGUCGCUGUUCUGCCAGAACCUUCCCUCUAACGCCUUCUCCGAGAAGAUUCCGAUCCUUAAAGCCGGGGCGAAGUACGCCCUUGCUGACAUUGGGGGUGGGCUGACAGAUAUCGUGAUGCACGAGAAGAAGCGAGAUAGCAUUCGGGAGGUGAGCCGCGGCGUAGGCGCCAAGCUGGGCGGCGGCUCCGUUGAUAACAUAUUUCUACAGUUCCUCUACAAGCUUCUUGGUGACAAGAUCGCGGAAGACUUCGUCAACCUACACCGGAAGGACUUCCUAGCGUUGAUGCGCGAUUUUGAGAAUCAGAAACGUAACGUUACGCCACUGACUACGACCUACAUCGAGCUAAAGGCUCCAACGUGCCUUCAGGUAUUGUGCCAGAAGGCUCAAUAUAAUGACAAUCUGGCGAAUGUGAUUUUUCGAUCAGUUUACAAAGGGCGGGUCAAGCUCUCAAGUAACAAACUCAGAAUUGAUGCUGUUGUUAGCAAUGAAUUCUUCAGAGCGACGACAGUUGAGAUGACGAAAAUCAUCGCACACUCUCUCACGAGUCUCAAAACUGCCAGAGACGUUCCAUACCUCGUUUUAACGGGUGGAUUCGCGGAGUCCCCCGCUGUUCAGGAGUUUAUGAACCAGGAACUUGUCGGAAAGACUCAGAUUAAGCAAGUUAUCGUGCCGCCUGAUUCCGACAUCGCAGUUUUGAAGGGCGCUGUUAUAUACGGCAACAAUCCGGCAGGAAUAUCAAGCAGAGUACUCCGUAAUACCGUCGGACUACGUAUCGCUCGACUUUUCAACCCGGAAAUGCAUCCACCGGAUAAAAAGACCGUCCUCGCAAACGGAACAGAAUAUAUUUUAGACAUAUUUUCACCGUUUCUCACUAUUGGCACACGGGUACCUACGGCAUUUGUGUCGCAUCAGUCCCUCACGACAACAGAACCGAAUCAAAAGAAAGUUGAAAUUGACAUUUACUCUUCUUUGGGUCUGUCACAUAAUUUCGUGAGUGACGAGGGAUGCUCACAGCUGGGGAAAAUAGAUUACCCGAUCCCCGGGCCGUCCGAAGAGCCGAGGCCGGUGUUUGUCGACGUCGUUUUAGGAGACACUGAAAUAACUGUCAUCGUCAUUGACAAGAAGACUCAGUUACAAACUAAGUACUAUUUUCCUCCCCUUAAGGACAAAUAG